CGCUGCCCGCGCCCUACUAUAACUCAGUGGUCCUUAACCUCCACGUGCCAUGGAGAUUCCCAAAUUCUGCGAUGAUAUCUUGUCCCUUCCACCUCUGGACACGACUAGUCCUGAUCCCCUGCUGAGCCACUUGCUCGACCAACAGGAUGGGUUGCAUACUUCAGAGUCAUCAGCCAUCUCAAGACAUGAUAAUCAAGAUAAAUCGACAAGGCCAAAGAAUCGGCGAUUAUCACAAGACACAGUAAAGGUCUUGCGAUCAUGGCUGCACCAGCACCAGGAGUAUCCGUAUCCCACUGAGGAGGAAAAGGAGGAACUGCAGGAGCAGACUGGACUCAGCAAGACGCAGAUUUACAACUGGUUCAGUAAUGCGCGACGACGGCGACUGCGUAAAAGGACCAGCAAACGACAUGAAGAUCCUCAAGCUGGGAGUAUAGUAUCGCCGCUUGAACGAUGGAAGAAUUCGCCACCGGAAACUGAAGCCGCUGCGCCGUGGGAAAUCAUGCGCGCGCUGGCCGACGCCCCGUAUACUUCUGAAGGAAGCGCUGGGUAUCAUUCGCAUUCUGCCACCGAUGAUGCAUGGUCGAGUAAUAGCUCCAGUGCGUCGUUUAUACACGGCGCACCGUCGUCGACGAGUAGUAUCGAGCACAGCCAGUCAUCCAACUCGGAUGUUUCAUUCGAUCGCCCUCGCGGGCCAUAUCAAAGACCACCAACGCCUAUACCAAGUGCGAGACCAAGUCGUCGAAGGCGUCGGAAACCACCACGCCCCAUUGGACAGCUGAGCGGAUCGAAAAGUCGCGGCCAGCGGGCGUUUCAGUGUACGUUUUGCUCGGAUACAUUCCGCACCAAGUACGACUGGCAGCGGCAUGAAAAGGCACUACAUCUGCUGGUGGAAUGGUGGACGUGCCAUUAUCAAGACGGUCCGGAUUCUGUCUGUCUGCAGAAAUUCUCUCGAAAAGACCAUCUACGACAACACCUCAAGUUAGUCCAUCGCGUCAACUAUCACCACUCCAUGGACGACUGGCAGGAUUCAACGACUUGCCUUAAAUCACGAUGCGGAUUCUGCAAUCUCAACCUAUCCACCUGGGAAGAAAGAAUCGAGCACGUGGCCGAGCACUUCAAAAACGGCGCCGACAUGGCAAACUGGAAAGGCGGCUGGGGAUUCGAACCUGAAAUCGAGCAAUUAGUCGAAAACGCCAUGCCGCCGUAUCUUGUCGGUCUGGAGAGACACACGAUGGAUCCGUGGAAGUCAUCUGAAGUACUGAAUCUCCAAACACAAAGCGGAAUCCCCAAUGCCUUUAGCCGAUAUACAGAUCUGCACCGCGAACUGGUUGCGUAUAUCAAAACCAGCAUGGCCAAUGGGAUCUAUCCAACGGAUCAGAUGCUGCGAGACCAAGCACGGAUGAUUUCGUAUGGGUACAAUGAUCCCUGGGAUGCGACGUAUGCGGACUGGGAUCCGAUGUGGCUGGGAUCUGUCAAAGAGGAAGCAGGACUUACUGCUCCUGUCCAUGAGCCUGAUAUACCUGGGAAUUUGCCAGAUGAAGCUAUCCCGAAUAUCCCAGAGGCGGAUUUUCCAGAGGUGGAUUUGUUUGACGACUAUUUCAAUUUCAGUCCACCGGGUGUAUCUCAUCUUGGAUGACUAGAAAAGAGUAGCAAAUAUGAUGGUAUGACCAAAACGCGUAUAUCCAUAUCGUAUACGAUAUUCGACGAUCGGAAGACUUUCCUAGACGUAGAUAGUACUUUUGUCAGUUCAAUUGCUCUUUGAACGUAUCCUGGGAUACCCGAAGCCCAUUUCUUUGUUGUCAUAGAUCAACAACAGGGAU